CCCAUGGUCGGGCCAAGUGAUGUCACCUCCCGCCUCCCCAGCCUGGGCACAGAACGCUCUGGGAACGGCUCCACCCCCACCCCUCUGAUAUAAAUAGGGCCUCGGUGGCCAGCCGGCCAGGGAAGAGGCUACUCUUGUUUGGGGGACUCAAGCAGCAGGGCACACGGAAGCGAGCGCCCCUGUCAGAGAUGGCUCCUGCUGGGGUGAGCCUGGUGGUCACCGUCCUCUGUCUCCUGGCCGGGGCUGGCCUGGCUGCUGGUGACCGGGUGUAUAUACACCCCUUCCACCUCCUCGUCUAUAGCAAGAGCAGCUGUGAGCAGCUGGAGAAAUCCAACACGGAGAUGCCCAAGGACCUGACCUUCCUGCCAGUCCCGAUUCAGGCCAAGACAUCCCCUGUGGAUGAGGAGGCCCUUCGAGAAGAGCUGGUGCUGGUCUCUGAGAGGCUGGAGGGGGAAGACAAGAUGAGGGCCACGAAGGUGGGGAUGAUGCUGAACUUCUUGGGCUUCCACAUGUAUAGGAUGCUGAGCGAGUCUCAGAACGCAGCCAGUGGGACCAUCCUGUCCCCAACGACGCUCUUUGGCACCCUGGCCUCUUUCUACUUGGGCGCACUGGACCCCACGGCCAGCAGACUGCAGGCUUUCCUAGGCGUCCCCGGGGAGGAUCAGGGCUGCACCUCCCGGCUGGAUGGCCACAAGGUCCUCUCUGCCCUGCAGACUAUCCAGAGCCUUCUGGUGGCCCAGGGUGGGGCUAGUGGCCAGUCCACGCUGCUCCUGUCCACGGUGGUGGGCCUGUUCACAGCCCCUGGCCUGCGCCUGAAGCAGCCGUUUGUGCGGGCCCUGGCUCCCUUUGCCCCCAUCACCUUCCCGCGCUCUCUGGACUUGUCCAUGGACCCAGAUCUUGCUGCUGAGAAGAUCAACAGGUUCAUGCAGGCAGUGACAGGGUGGAGAAUGGACAGACCCAUGUCAGGAAUCAGCCCAGACAGCACCCUACUUUUCAACACCUACGUCCACUUCCAAGGAAAGCUAAAGGGGCUCUCCCCCCUGGCGGGGCUGCGGGAGUUCUGGGUGGACAACACCACCUCGGUGUCGGUCCCCAUGCUCUCGGGUACAGGCACCUUCCAGCACUGGAGCGACCCCCAGAGCAACCUCUCCAUGACCCAGGUGCCCCUCGGCAAGAGCGCCUGCCUGCUGCUGGUGCGGCCCCUCAGCACCUGGGGCCUGCAGACGGUGGAGGCCCUCACCUUCCAGCACAACUUCCCGACGUGGGUGAAGAACCUGUCUCCCCGGGCCAUUCGCCUGACCAUGCCCCAGCUGACACUGCGAGGCUCCUAUGACCUUCAGGACCUGCUUGCUCAAGCCAAGCUGCCCACUCUGCUGGGUGCUGAAGCGAACCUGGGAAAAAUCAGUGAUGACAAUGUCAGAGUUGGAAAGGUGCUGAACAGCAUCCUUCUGGAACUACAAGCAGACCAGGAGGAGCAGCCCACGGAGUCUGCCCCGCAGCCGGAUGGGCCCGAGGUCUUGGAGGUGACCCUCGACCACCCGUUCCUGUUUGCCAUUUAUGAGCAAGAGUCCACCGCCCUCCACCUGCUGGGCCGUGUGGCCAACCCGCUGAGCGGGGUGUGAGGCCUGGCCUGCCCCCGGGACGCAGCUGUCACCGUGAGCAAGGGCAGCAGCCCACAACAACGCUGAUUCGCCACCAGUCGUCUACUUUGCCUUCCAGUGAGUCAGCGUGGAGCGGGAAAGAAGCCGUUUCUCCUUAGCAAGUGUGGCGCUGUGUAUAAUGAGCAGCAGAACCUGCAGGCAGAAAGACCUCCCGGGUUCUCACGGUUAUCUUGGGCCACGUGGGGGAGCCAAGAACCCGAGGUCAGCACAGGGAAAAGUCUGAACAGACCAACUGGUUUGUGAAACCAAAAAUUGUUUUUUAUCAGAGAACAGAAACUGAGUUUUACCAUUUCACGGUUUUCAUGGCCUUGGGUGUAUAUCCGGCGAGGGCCUGUGAGCGGACGGCCUGCUGUCCCCACCACGCCUUAGCUUUGGUUGCUUUCCCGGUCUUCUUUCCCAGGAUACUGUUAUCUUUGAAAAACACAUUGCAUCUGAAUUUAUGUUAGAAUGUAAUACCAUGGCUGAUUAUCCCUUGUGUUAUUAAUAAAUGUCUUGCAACAAUAAACAAAAACGAAAAAUUC